CACCAGCAGUUUAUAUUGUUGAAAUAACUCGAACUUUUCAGUCUUUUGCCUCAGUUUGAACUGUAAAGAUGAAUUUUCUAGCGGCUCUUUGUCUUGUUGGACUUACUGUGAGCGUGCACGGAUUUUCCGUGCAAAAUCAGUUUCAUGAUGUAAUAGAAGGUUUAAAGACGGACGAAGAAGUUGCUGAUGUCGAGCACAAGGGACACUGUGCAUGUAAUAAACAUGGCUGUUGGUGUCAUGCUGUGGAUGCCGGUGUAAAAGUACAAGCGGUGUUCUCAGUGGUGGAAACCCGACAACAAUCGACACAGACACUUAUUGCUGGAACGUUUUUCGUCGGUACCAAGUCCAUUGAGAAACAAUUUCCAGUCGAUCAAUUCGAAGACUUUUGUGAGGACUUUGAUAAAAAGAGGUUCUGCUUCCGUGUCGACAUCAGCGACAAAGGUCAAAAGGGCGGACUGAUGAAGGGAUGCUUGCGAAUGUCACGCCCAAAAAAAGUUGACAUGGGCUGCUUCAACCUUCCAUUGUUGACGUCAUCAGAAUCCAUAGAUUCGGAUGAAGAAUACAAUAUGGACAUUCCACAACAGCUCGCUGAUGCUAUAGAUUCCAGACGUAAGUGUAUGUGUUGUCCUCAUGGAUGUGCUUGUCAGGGAAAUGACGAUGGAUACAACGUUGUCGUGGUAUUGAGUGUAAAUGAAUGUAAUCAUCAUGACAAGCGUCAUACAAUUAUUGAAGGACUGUUCCGGGUAGGCAACGUGUCCUUUGAGAAGGAAUUCCAUGAUAAUGAGCUCAAGAGUUUCUGUAAGUAUGUUGAAAGAAAGUCAUUCUGCUUCUCAAUCAAAAUAUACAAGGGAUGUGGUUGCCAUAUUAGAGGGCAUAUAGCUCUGAGAUCGCCAAAAAUGGUAGAUUUAGGCUAUUUCAACCUUCCUAUGGUGACGUCAUCAACUGAGGAUGACGACGAUGCUUCCGAAAGUGACGACGUUUUUUCAAGCGAUGAUCAUGUUGAUGAUGACAGUCUGUUGUUCGUCUAGGUUAUAAAAUACUGUUGAUAGUAUUUAUUGUAGUCUAGUUUAAAAAGGUACCUAGUCAAUAAGACACCUAUGUUAUGUUUAUAUAUGUAAUAAAUAUAACAUCCAU